UGUGGGGGCUGACUGGAAGUAGACAUCGGGGAGACGGGAGGUUCCCGGGUAGCAAUUCGGCGACAUUUGGAUGGGACCUGGGAGAAUGUGGGACACCUGGGGGGAAGACGGAGAUGCGCAUUUGGGGGACUUGGGAAGGAAGGAGAAGGCUGGGGCAUAUGGAUGGGACUUGAAGGAGACCUUUGGGGACUCAGGGAUACCCAGGGGAAACUUCUGGAUGGGGGACGGUGAAGAUCUGAGGGCUUUGUUAGAGAGGAGCUUGAAUUAUCUCAUUGGAGGGGAGAGUAGGGGGACUGGGGAACUAGGGUGUUUGGUUUGUCUAAGGAAUUGGCGAAAGAGCUGGCGGAAAAAUGGAAGGACUUGAGGGAAUCAGAUGCAGAAGAGGUGAAGGGAACAGGUGCUUGGAUUGUUCGUGAAGUUUGGGGACCUUGGAAGAGGUUUGGGAUCAGACCCCAGCACUCCGAGGAGAAGAACCCAGCGGUCCCAGGGGAAGAGCCCGGUUCCCUCUCCCAGCAUCUGUUUCUCUUAUGUUCAAGCUCUAAGAGCCCCAGCCCUGCGCUCUGCCUCCUUGGCGGUGGGCAGCUCCUGCCAAGCCUUGCCUGCUGGCCGUCGGAAAAGUGAGCGGGGGAGAAGAGACUGGCAAAAAAGCCCUUUUCUUGGCUUGCCUGUCCUCUCUUUGGGAAGCGCUGGGCGGGUGACCCUCAUUGGUGGCUGACUUGUGGUUCAGAACAUUGGUGAAGCAGUCUUUGUCAUUUUCACAUUACUCCGACCAGCUCAGGGUGUGAAAGGUCCUGGGAAGUACUAGACCCCAGGGAUUACAGGGGUUUAUGGAGGCACCCUACCCAGGGCAUAUUCCCCUGGCUUGCGUCUCCUCUGGCUUCCUGAAUAAUCUGCUGAGAUGGACGGAAACUAUUUUUUCAGAGGUUAUUCUGAAUCUCGGCACUGGAAUUGGUAUUCCUGCACUAAACUGCACAGAGAUGAUGGAAAUAGAAAAAUUUCAAAAAGGAGAAAGCAAGGAUGAAGAAAAGUACAUCGACGUGGUGAUUAAUAAGAACAUGAAGCUGGGACAGAAAGUAUUAAUUCCUGUAAAACAGUUCCCUAAGUUCAACUUUGUGGGGAAACUUUUGGGUCCACGUGGCAAUUCUCUGAAGCGUUUACAAGAAGAAACUUUGACAAAAAUGUCCAUCCUUGGAAAAGGUUCCAUGAGAGACAAAGCAAAGGAAGAAGAGUUGAGGAAAAGUGGAGAAGCAAAGUACUUCCACCUUAAUGACGAUCUCCACGUUCUCAUUGAAGUGUUUGCUCCACCUGCAGAAGCUUAUGCUCGGAUGGGACAUGCUUUGGAAGAAAUCAAAAAGUUCCUCAUCCCUGACUAUAAUGAUGAGAUUAGGCAAGCACAGCUUCAAGAAUUAACAUAUUUAAAUGGUGGUUCAGAAAAUGCAGAUGUUCCAGUGGUUCGAGGAAAACCUACCUUGCGUACAAGAGGUGUACCAACGCCAACAAUAACCAGGGGAAGGGGAGGAGUCACAGCCCGGCCGGUUGGAGUUGGUGUCCCACGAGGGACACCAACUCCCAGGGGAGUCCUGUCUACCAGAGGGCCAGUGAGUCGGGGAAGAGGACUUCUCACUCCGAGAGCAAGAGGAGUCCCUCCAACUGGAUACAGACCUCCACCGCCACCCCCAACACAAGAGACCUAUGGAGAAUAUGACUAUGAUGAUGGAUAUGGCACUGCUUAUGAUGAACAGAGUUACGAUUCCUAUGAUAACAGCUAUAGCACUCCAGCCCAAAGUGGUGCUGAUUACUAUGAUUAUGGACAUGGACUCAGUGAGGAGACUUACGAUUCCUACGGACAAGAGGAGUGGACUAACUCCAGACACAAGGCACCUUCAGCAAGAUCAGCAAAGGGCGUCUACAGAGACCAGCCAUAUGGCAGAUACUGAUUGUACUGUCUGAUGUUGUGAAAUAGCCAAUCUCCACCAGUCCUGUAUACUGUUCAAAGUAAUUUUUUUCUAUGAACAAUCCCUUUUUAAAUAAAUCAAAAUGCUUAAAAUCUGAAUGGAUGGAACUUUAAACUACUUUGGUGAAACAUCAACCUGGGCAGAAAAAAAAAAAAAAGACAUGUAAAAUUUUGUUAUUUCCAGUCUGUAUAUGAAAAAAUAGGUCAUCCAAAGGGAAAAAAAAUAACUUUGAUUAACUAGUGUUAAACAAAAAAAUAGGUUUACUAAAUAUGUUAAUCUAUUCUUUUAACAUAAGCCUCACCUUUCAUUUUAAAGGUUUCCAUAGAAUUUAGUUAUUUUAUCUUUCAGCCAUAUGCUAGUUUUUUUCUCUUGCCAACAUGCGUAAAAAGGGAAGCCAAUUACAAGUGCAAAUAAUGUGGUAUUCUUUUGUAACUCAAGUCUUGAAAUGUUCUGUAGUGUUAAGCAAAGUCUCCUCUUGCUUGAUACUAAAUAAACUUUUGAAAGAAA